AUGGCCAAGCUGAUCCUCCUCACCAGUCUGGCACUUUUGCUGAAUGCUCAGCUGGGUUCUGCCUAUCUGCUGACAUGCUACUUCACCAACUGGGCCCAGUACAGACCAGGCCUUGGGCGCUUCAUGCCUGAUAACAUCGACCCAUGCCUCUGUACUCAUCUGAUCUAUGCCUUUGCGGGCAUGAAGAACAAUCAGAUCACUACCAUCGAAUGGAACGACCUGACUCUCUACAAAUCCUUCAAUGGUUUGAAAAACCAGAACGGACAGCUGAAGACCCUCUUGGCUAUCGGAGGAUGGAAUUUUGGAACAGCUCCAUUUGUUUCGAUGGUUUCCACUCCCGAGACUCGCCAGACCUUCAUCAGCUCCGUUAUCACAUUCCUGCGCCAGUAUGAAUUUGAUGGCCUAGACUUUGACUGGGAAUACCCUGGCUCCAGAGGCAGCCCAGCUCAGGAUAAGAGCCUCUUCACCGUCCUUGUUCAGGAAAUGCUAGAAGCCUUCGAGCAGGAAGCCAAGCAGGUUAACAAACCCAGGCUCCUGGUCACCGCUGCUGUGGCUGCAGGGCUCUCUAACAUUGAGUCAGGCUACCAGAUUCCUCAGCUCGGCCAGUAUCUGGACUACUUUCACGUGAUGACCUACGACUUCCAUGGCUCCUGGGAGGGAUACACUGGAGAGAACAGCCCCCUGUUUCAAGGCCCCACUGACACUGGCAGCAAUAUCUAUCUCAAUAUUGACGAUGCCAUGAAUUACUGGAAGAACAACGGUGCCCCAGCUGAGAAGCUUAUUGUUGGAUUCCCAACCUAUGGACACACCUUCAUCCUGAGCAAUCCAUCCAACACUGCUGUCGGCGCUCCAACCUCAGGACCGGGGCCUGCUGGACCUUACACAAAACAGUCUGGGUUCUGGGCUUACUAUGAGAUCUGCACCUUCCUGAAGAAUGGAGCCACUCAAGUGUGGGAUACCCCUCAAAAUGUCCCCUACGCAUACCAAAGCACUGAGUGGGUGGGAUACGACAACAUCAAGAGCUUCAACAUCAAGGCACAGUGGUUAAUGAAGAACAACUUUGGCGGUGCUAUGGUAUGGACAAUUGACCUGGAUGACUUCACUGGCACGUUCUGCAACCAGGGCAAAUUCCCCUUGAUCAGCACCCUGAAGAACGCUCUUGGACUGCAGAGCACAAGCUGCACCGCUCCUGCUCAGCCCAUUUCUCCAAUCACAGCGGCUCCCAGUAGCGGAGGAAGUGGAAGUGGAAGCUCUGGUAGUGGCCGUGGGUUCUGUGCUGGCAAAGCCAAUGGCCUCUACCCUGUUGCCAACAACAGGAAUGCUUUCUGGCACUGUCUGAAUGGCAUCACUUAUGAGCAGCAUUGCCAAACUGGCCUGGUCUUUGAUACGAGCUGCAGCUGCUGCAAUUGGGCAUAA